AUGUCAGAACAAGAGAGACCAAGAACCGCCGGUCGGGAGCCCUAUGAACGCCACCAACGCAGUAAAAGUUCUCUCGUUCGGUUUGAGAAUGGCGUUCCCGUCAACAAGUGUGAUGCCGAUGGCAAGCCCAUCGCCCCAUCAGCUGCAUGGGAAAAAUUCAUGGCCGAAACACCAGAAGCGUCCAAAGUUAAUUGGAAUGCCGAGGCAUCUUUUCCUCUGCCUGAUAAGUUGAGAAACCCCCACAAGCGAAACAGGUCGUCGGAGUCGAGGCCGGAAGACGUUCCCACAAAGAAACAAAGGAAGGUAUCACUCCAAUCACUUGCGGGCUCCAUCCGGAAGAUCUACAGGCGUGAGUCGCCAAUCGAUAGAACUCUUUGGGAACCCAGCGACUAUGUGGUGGAGACGAACCACCUCUUUGAUCGGACGGUUGCUGUGAUCAGCGAGUUCCGUUACCCAAAUCUCCAGGAGCACCCGGCGUAUGGGCAUGCGUAUUGCGUGGCUGAGUUAGAGUACAUCAGUAAAUUGGCUGUGAUUCACGAUGGCUUGUAUGGACCUCCAAAGGAGCGGGACAUUCUGAGACAGAUGGAGCUCAACGACGAAGUCUACAGGAAAGAAGGAGGGGUCCAGGAGAAGGCGGUAGCUUUCUACAACGUGUUUUUGAAGGCUUUCAACCAAUUUGUUGAGUACAUACUACUCUUCGACGCGGAUAUGACUGAGGACAUACUACGGUUCAACACGGAUAUGCCAGAUGAUUCCAUUUCUAAGGAUGUCGAAAAGGGAAUUCCAUUCUGGGAUAAAUUUGCAGACAAACUGGAUAACAUGGGCGAUGAACUCAGUGCUUUGGCGGAAGCAGUCCAGAAAUUCAAAGGCGAAGUCCCUCCACUCCCCAAACCCGAAGAAGCGAAAAAGAAGGAUCAUGACAGUCCCUCGACCGAAGAAUGGGGGGAACCUGGACCAGCUUACAAGGAUGGCCGCCCGCAAGGCGUUACUUCCGACUAG